AUGGCUACGUCGUCACCGAAGCUCGAGGCUUCGUCUUCCGAAGACAAUAUCUUUGCGAAUUCUUUCCAGGAUCUUGAUAUUCAGAGUGACAAGGGUCUUACACCAAGCCCUGUCCCGAACCAACCAAGCUCCGAUCCACCACAAGCCGCCACCAACAACAAUAAACAACAAAAUCAAAGACGUCCAAAGCAAAAGAAGAAGCAGGAUCCGCCAAAGGUCUCGGAGUCAGACGAGCCCCUCAUUACACCAGUUGGGGACCCCUGGCCUCGGCCGUAUCAUUUUGAGGGAGAUGGAUUGCGUCGGGUAGUUCCAUAUCAUUACACUUACAACACACAUUGCAAAGAAAGAUGGCGGAACAGGCCCCUCCUUGAGAUCUAUGAAUCUGAAUUCAGGGACCGACCGCUAGAGUACUAUCGGCAGUCGAUGAUACGGGGAACUAUCUUUGUUAACGGUCGGCGAGUCGGGCCCGAUUAUAUUCUCCGGAAUGGUGACCUAAUUUCUCACACUCUGCACCGUCAUGAACCUCCGGUAACAGAAGACCCUGUGCAGAUCAUCCACGAGGAUGAAGAUAUGAUCGUUAUCAACAAGCCUGCGGGAGUUCCUGUGCACCCUGCCGGCAGGUACAACUUCAACUCGGUUGUUGAGAUUAUGAAAUCAGACCGCGGCCCAGCAUUCUUGCCAUACCUUUGCAACCGCCUGGACCGUCUCACAAGUGGUAUCAUGUUCAUUGCAAAGAACCCACCUGCUGCAGAAGCAUUGGGUAUCAAGAUCAAGGACCGCACAGUAAGAAAAGAAUACAUCGCUCGAGUGAUGGGCGAGUUUCCUGAUGGCGAGGUCGUUUGCGACCAACCCAUUCUACAAAUAUCUCCCAAGCUUGGCCUUAACAGGGUGCGCGCGAAUGGCAAGACAGCCCGAACUGUGUUUAAGAAGUUGGCCUACUAUCCUGCCGAGGGGGAGAACGACGUAAACGAGCGCCCUAAAACUCCUGAACAGGUUCAAGAGGAGAAGCUUCGCCCUUGGGUAAACAAGAAGGGAUAUUCCAUUGUUCGAUGUCUCCCUGUUACCGGUCGCACUCAUCAGUUGCGGGUUCACCUUCAACAUCUCGGCCAUCCUAUUCAAAAUGAUCCUAUCUAUGCUAACCGGCGGGUCUGGGGCGUUGAUCUGGGACAAAACGACGCCGAUGCGACUCAGAACACAGACGAAGACAUCGUCAGCCGCCUGUCUCGGAUGGGCAAAGACGAAGUGGCGGAAGCUGUUGCUUACUACGAUGCCAUGGUGGAUAGAUAUGAAGAGAAGAGGGCCGAGAAGCUUACGGGCGAGCUCUGCGACAUUUGCGAGACACCUUUAUACUCAGACCCUGGUGAACAUGAGCUAUCGCUAUGGCUCCACAGUCUUCGGUAUGAAGAUGCAGGCGGUGCCUGGUCAUAUGUUAGCCCGUUGCCUCGAUGGGCUCUUCCACCGAAGGGAAUGAGUGGCCCAACAUCGGUGGGUGGGAUGGAGGAGUUGGUGGAUGCGGUUAAGGACGAGAACCCUGAGAUAUCAUGA